AUGAACUUCUGCCUGUUAGCAGCGUAGGAGACAAAAAGGUGUCAACACUUCCCAGACUGGUCUGCACCCAGUCACACAAGCAACCCAAGUCUGGACACGCUUCCUCAGAAGAAGCAAGGUCUGACUGAGAGCAGUGUGACUGACACCAGGCUCAGCCCUCGGGGAUUUAUUACGCCGACAGUCGGUUUCCCGUUUUGCAGCGGGGCUUCCUUCCCACAUCACUGCUGCUGCUGCUGCUGCUGCUGCUGCCUGCUUAGGGCUGCAGAAUAAUAAUAAUAAUAAUAAUAAUAAUAAUAAUAAUUUAUUUAUUUAUACCCCACUCAUCUGGCUGAGUUUCCCCAGCCACUCUGGGCGGCUUCCAACCAAAUAUUAAAAUACAGUAAUACAUCAAACAUUAAAAGCUUCCCUAAACAGACCCAGACCAGACCCGAGUCGGCUCCCGGUCUUCUUGCAAACACAACCCCGCGCAUCUCAAGGCAAAAGCGACUGCCGAGCCACCGCCACGCCUUCCCUGAGCUCCUCCGCCACCGCUUUGGAGGAGCCGCUACCGGAAAGAGGAAGGUCUGGUGCUGAGCCUGCCCGGAAGGCCCCUUGCGCCGCUGCAGAGAGAGACAGGUAACCCCGCGUCCCCAGCAGCCCCCUGCCCGCCUCUCGAGAGUGGGAUGGGAACGGGACGCCCCUUUCCUCCGCCUUGCUACCGAGCCUCUCCUUCCCCCUGGCGCUCCUGGCAAGGCCCUGGGAGGGUUCCCCCUUUCCCCGUCGCGGUGGGGGCUCUCCCCUCUGCCCCCGAAGCCCAAACUCCGCGUCUGGACGCUGAAGGCGUCUCUGCAUGCAAACGUGCAGGGUUGAUUCCCGUCCCCCUUCCUGCAAACUGCAUCGACGGCGGAUUUGAUAAUCCCCGAGCUCAGUCAGGGAGAGCGAAUGCAACCCCUUUCUCCUCCCUCGAUGUAGUCCUGAAGAAACUCCUUCCUCUGAAGCGAGAAUUUGCAAGAGGAAGAAAGUCGCCACUAGUUAGGGAGACAGGGGAUAAAAAGGAGUGGGCAUCUGCAGCUUGGACAGGUGUGUAGAAGAUGCAAGCUGCACCAGCACUAUAGUCAGUAUACCUGCUGAAAUUCCCGCUUCUAACUAUUGGAGGUGCAAGAGCUCUGGUCUCUCUCUCUUUUUUUUCUUUUUUUUUCUUUUGCACCUGGUCGCUCUGCUCUGAGGGCAGAAAUUUAUCCUGCUGGAUAAGUGUUGCUAAUCCCGAUUACAGCUUUUUAUUUUAACAUAUAAUGCAUGCCAAUGCAUGUGUUCGUUGAGCUAUGGCCAAGGAUACAAUAAUGACCAGGAACAACUAGAUUUUGGAUUCUGUGCUGGAAAGCUGCAUUCUGAAUUCACCAUAAAUUUAUGCCAGUGCAGACUUCGAAACCAAUAUAUCUGCAGUCACAUUGAUUUCUACCACCUACAUGCUUGGGAUUGGACUGAGCCUGGAGAGUCUAAAAGUAUGGUACAGUAAGCAACAAAUAGAGUGUAUCUGUUGUGAAUGUUUUCUGUCAGGGUGCAGUCAGUCCAUCAGAUACCAUCUUUUUGAAAAUUAUUUUUGAAAGCUGCUUUUCCAAAUUUCCAGCUUCACCUAAGUAUGUAGGUAUUCCUCUCAUUCUGAGGAGUCUGCUUGGCUUCCUGUGACCUAGAUGCCAUUGUGCUAAUAACGCAAAUCUGUCAUCCUGCUCUUUACCUCCUCUGCUGUUUACUGCAAUAUGCAAAUAUUGAUAAAGUGAAUAGAAGAUUUACUCCCUCAUAACACUAGGACAUGGGGACAUCCAAGUUAGUUACCUGAACAGGGGUGAGGGAACCUGAUCUUCCUUCUGUUGGUUCCUUCUUUCGUAACUAUUUGCUGGCAUGUAGAUCACUUCCUUUUAGGCUUUACUACUUUCCUCCUCCUUCAGUCAGGCUUUCUUUCUUUUUUAAAAAUAUUAAUCAGUACAAACACCAAGCUAGAAAGACACGUACAACAAAAACCAUAAUAACAAUAACAACACAAAUUUAGAUACAGUAAUAUCCCUAUGCCUACUCCUUGUUUAUCACCACUCUCUCCCCCCUCUAUUUCCCAUUGUUAUCCGCCUUGUCACUUAGAUAUUCGUUCCAAAUUUCUUCGUAUUUAUCCAUUCUUAUUUUGUGUCGACAAGCAGUUCUUUCGUAUGUAGCUAAUUUGUCCAUAUUAUCCAUCCAUAUGCUCAGUGGAAUCUUUUUGUGACUCUUCCAGUUCAUCAAAACCUUCUAAUAUAGCGCGCGAUGUAACCACUUUUUUUGGCCCCUUGAGAUCUUCCAAAUUUCCAUAAUAUAAUUUAGAAUUAAAUUCAGUUCCCCUAAAUAACAAUUUCAGGCUUUCUUUCUAUUUUGACACAGUGUUGGGGCCUGUUUUGUUUAACAUCGUGUCUCCAUAGUGGGCAUAUGUGAGCUUGUGCUUAGGAUGGAUUUGUUUUCCAAGAGUUAAUAAUAAAACUUAAUUUUUUUUUUUAUUCUUUAAACUAGCAGUCUUACCAGAUUAUUUCUGUACACCACUGCAAUAUAUACCAAACCCUGACUUCUUUUCUUCCCCCAUUAUUGUAGAUCUGAAUUCUCCCCACAUUUCUUCCUUCACGUGUGACAUAAAUAUCCAACAUGCCUCAUCGGACUAUUCAUCUUUUUCGGAAGGGUCUCCGGCUACAUGA